GGGCAGAGCGGCGCGGAGCGACAGCGCGGCACGGAGCGGCACUGCUGGGCUCGCCCUGCCCAGCGCCCAGCGGAGCGGAGGUGGGAAGCAGCAGUAGCUCACAAUGGCCCUGGCGGACAGCGCGGGCUGUGCCAAACCCAGCGAGGAUUUGCCUUUCCCUGAAAUCAUUGAGCUCAACGUGGGCGGACAAGUCUACAUCACCCGGCACCCCACCCUGAUCAGCGUGCCGGGCUCGCUGCUCUGGGAGAUGUUCACGCAGAAGAACGUCCGUUCCUUGGCUCGUGACAGCAAGGGCCGCUUCUUCGUGGAUCGGGACGGCUUCCUCUUCCGCUACAUCCUGGAUUACAUGAGGGACCAGCAGCUGGUGCUGCCCGAGCACUUCCCGGAGCGCAGCCGGCUGCAGCGAGAGGCUGAGUACUUCAUGCUGCCGGAGCUGGUGAAGAUGCUGGCCCCCAAGCUCAGCAAGCAGAACUCGCUGGGGGACGACCCGUGCCAAAGUGACCCCGAGGAGCUGUCCCCCAGCGCCGACGCCGCCCGCAGCCUGACCGCUGCCAGCGCCGCGCUCCCCAGUGCCGGGGCUGGCGGUGCCGGGGGCACGGGCACGGCGGGCGCUGCCGGCCCUGACAUCCGCAGGGCCGGGUUCAUCACCAUCGGCUACCGCGGCUCCUACACGCUGGGCAGGGACAGCCAGACGGAUGCCAAGUUCCGCCGGGUGGCGCGGAUCAUGGUCUGCGGCAAGACGUCGCUGGCCAAGGAGGUCUUUGGGGAUACCUUGAAUGAGAGCAGGGACCCAGACAGGCCCCCGGAGAGGUACACCUCCCGGUACUACCUCAAAUUCACCUUCCUGGAGCAAGCCUUUGACAAACUGGCCGACGCUGGCUUCCACAUGGUGGCUUGCAACUCCACGGGCACCUGUGCCUUCGCCCAUGACCAGACAGACGACAGGAUCUGGACCUCUUACACCGAAUAUGUUUUCUAUCGUGAGUGACACCAAAAAUAAACACCCGCCAAACCACCGAACGCCAACUCUCCCUUUCCUCUCCUGUUGCCUUUAGAAGGUAGACAUCCGUCCCCUGAAUCCCAGCGUCCCCCUUUUGUCUCCUUUUUGAGUUUGUUCUUGGUUUUUUUCCCCUCCUUCCUCCACUUCGAUCCUGUUUGGCUCCUCCUUGUAGCAGCUGUCGGCCACCAGACUCCUUCCCUCUCUCCAAAUCCUGCAGUAGCUCCCAACCCUCCCAGACGCGUGGACUUGGACGUUGCCGCAGCGCGUGUUUUGGGUGGGAGGGGUGGGACACCGAACUGUGCCAGGAUCCCAUCUGUGAUGGAUACCGAACUCGGCUCUCAUGCUCUAUGCCCCGCAGCCAAGCGGGACCAUGCUGCAGACACCGUGCUUGAGCAACCGAGGAGCCCAAGUGUUGGGUUAAGGACGUGGAGAAAGGUGGGCAGCAGAGAGGAGGGCAGCUGGAGGGAAGAUGCAGCCUCACAGCAUGGAUGUAUGGCCAUUAGCCCCUGUAAGCAGCUUAGCGUUUCGACUGUCAGUGCUGGGGAAGGUUAGCUAAAGCCGCACCCUCACCCUGUGUCAGGGUUUCUGGUUUGAAGCAUCACUGCUGCCCUGGGGUGCCUCGGUUUGGGGAGUGGGGGUGGGUAGGGGCUGAGAUACCUGUUGGGGGGAGGUGGGUGGGGGGAGGCUUAUUACUAUAGGGCGUCAAAUGCUUACACAUCCCUCAAACUCCUUGGAGGGCUGUCCAAAACGUGCCCUCACAUCCCUGCAGGCUGCAGGGGGAUGGGUUAGAAUUGCACUGGAGGCAUCAUCUGGGCUCAGCCGCUGUAGGUCCAAAGGAAUAAUUGCCGAAUGUGAAUAUCGUUGCACUUUGGGCAGUCUCUCUGAUGGACUCUCCACUCGCAGCUCUCCGCAGCCUGUCAGGGCUGGCCGCUGCUUUGCUGGGCGAUGUGUAAUAAAGGAACAAAACCCA